AGCAGCAGACCCGUCUGUCCUACGGCGACACUUCGAGAGGGGCUCAGAGAUCGUCCCGACGCCCUAGGCGCCAGCGCGGCGCUGCCCAUCCACCAUCGUCGCCGGAAAGGGACAUUGAGAUGGACAGAACCCCCGUUGCAUCGUUUGAGGAAUUGCCCUAGGAGAUGCGGUCCUUAAGCGUGUUACAAUGGACGGUUCGCCAUCCACUUUCAUGGUGCAGUUCACCUGGGAUCUAUGCGUAGAACACGCAACAUCUGAGGAAUGGCUCCUCAGAGACGCAGUGCUCAAGCGCGUUACAAUGGACGGUUCACCACCCACUUUCAUGGUGCAGUUCACCUGGGAUCUAUGCGUAGAACACGCAACAUCUGAGGAAUGGCUCCUCAGAGACGCAGUGCUCAAGCGCGUUACAAUGGACGGUUCACCACCCACUUUCAUGGUGCAGUUCACCUGGGAUCCACCCGUAGAACACGGAGCGGGGUACUAUGGAACGGAGAAUCGGGGGACUACCGCGAGGAGGCAUCGCCCAGCGAGACAAAAGAACAACGGAACCACGAAGUGCAAGGGCAGGCCGGCUUCAACGUCAAGGAGGGCGAGGUAUACGUCAGCGGACGACGCGGUGAUUCUUCAGCUGAAGGGGCAGGGACUUUCUUGGUCCGCGAUCGCCAGGCAGUUCCCGGGGCGCAGUGCAGGGGCUAUUCAAGUGAGGUAUCAAACCAAGCUCAAAACCACCGAGGAGUGGGAGGUGAAGAAAAUUUGCGGGAAGAACAGGCGGGAUGAUGGCGGCUGGGAACUGCUUGUAAGGUGAAAGGGCGAAGAGGAGACAUGGGAGCCUUAUGAGAACCUGGCGGAGACGAAGGCGCUUGACGAGUAUGAGCGUCUUCAUGGGCGGGUUGUUGUAGAUACUGUGGAUGCUCUCUAAAGUCUUGCCUCGGUUACGUAAUAUAAUGACUCCUGUGUUAACGCAUAGCGUCGGGACCCUUCGCGAUGCUCCCCAGCCUCAACACUGUCCCCUGCGCCUCUUGUAUCCACGCCGCUCGUUUUUCUGUCCAUAUUAUCCCCAGAAGCUCCGCAGCUGUUCAGGCACGGCCAUCGUUGGCUCGGGAUCGGGGUCAAACAUCUUCAGCAGGCGGUAUUAGAAGAGGAACUUGAGCGAGGUGAGUUG